GCUUCUCCAUCCAGCCGCAUUUUCGUGGAAUACUUCGACUUGGAGUAGCUCGUUCUUUCGAUCAUAUAUUUUCCUUGACGUUAUUUUUUCCUAAUCCCCAUAACGCAAGCUUCAUCAUCUUCGUCUUACUUAGGGAGACGACUCGAUAUCUUUCUCCCUCCCUCCUUCCUCAUAUACAUAUGUAUAAGUAUCCCACAGCGAGUCAACCGAAUACCAGAAAUAUUGAGAACCUCGGAACCGUCGACACGUGUACGUGUAAUACAUCUCUGCUUUGUAUCAGAGACGAGACAAACAAAUACGAUUUAUCGUUAAAAGAUUUUGUAACUCGACGAGGCAGACGGUUUUUAAAUCCUUGCUGGAGUUUACAAGCCUCUGUCUUUGCUGCUUCACUUUUAUAUACUAUAUUUAACGAUACCAUGACGUUAUUAAUUAUAAUCGUUUCGUUCGCGUUCAUCCAUCAAGGAUUGUCUCAGGAUAUUGUGUACCCGAAGGAUGAGAUCAUUUCGUACUUGAGUGGCGAUAAUCCUGCGAUCAACGAACGUAUACCAAUAUACAUUCCGGGAAGAUGCGCUGAAAAUAUGCUCCUUUAUCCUGGGGCUGGUGAUAAAAGCUACUGGAGCUGCGAUUGCAGGCCCGGAUUUUUAUAUUUUCCACUGAACGAAACCUGCCACGAAGCUUUCAGACAAGGACCGUGUCCCGCCGAGAAUUACGUUUACAAGCCUUUGGACGAUGCUGUACCAAUAUGUGCCAACAAUCCCUGCAAAAUUGAUGGCUUUGUUCUUUAUAAUGGAAUUUGUCAAGAAAUUGGAGCAAACUGUAAUGGAAGAGGUGUCAUCCGUGUUAAUAAGACCACUUUUCAGCUAGAGUGUACGCUCCCAAGGGCCUAAAAUUCAUAUUUCACAUCAUUCGAUUGUUGUUCAUCUGUCUUACAACGGCGAAUCACCGGGAACACGUAAGACACCUGUCGAUUGAUAUUUAACCGAAAAAUAUCUUUAUUUCUGUUCGAACGCCAGAAGACACUAUCAUUUGGCUAAUGGAUUUAAAAAAUGUUCUACAUAAUAUCAACAAAUAUUUUUAUACAUUAAUAAUACAUUCUUUUCACAGUUUACGAAUAAAUCUGGAUUUUUUAAUGAAAAACAAAAUUAGAUCCAGUGCAACAAA